GAACUCUCAGUCAGACUGGUGAAUGGGACCACUUCCUGUUCUGGGACAGUGGAAGCCUUCCAUGAAGGAGAGUGGUCAGGUCUAUGUUUUAGGUGGUUUUGGAGCAUGAUGAGACAGGCUACGGUUGUGUGUAGACAGCAGGGCUGUGGGAAUCCUGUAGCUGCCUCUAGAGGACCUCUGAUUGAAGAUGGAAGAAUAGGAGUCAGACUAUAUAGUAGAUGCAGGGGAAAUGAGUCUUCUACUAGACAGUGUGACAACAGAAGAGGACAUGGUGUCUGUGAUGGUGAAUAUUAUCAUCAUGUGACCUGUUCAGAGUCUGUGCGGCUUGUGGAUGGAGCUGGUCUCUGCUCUGGGAGAGUGGAGGUGAAGUCCAAUCAGUCCUGGGCCUCAGUGUGUGAAGCUGACUUUGACCGGCAGGAUGCAGAGGUAGUCUGUGGGGAGCUUGGCUGUGGGGCUCCUGCAGCUCUACAGGGGGGGCUCUAUGGAGAAGGUGAGGGUCAGACCUGGGAUAAAGAGUUCCAGUGUAAAGGCAAAGAGUCCCGUCUCCUGGACUGUGACACCUCAGACAGAAAAAACAACACCUGCCUACCUGGUAAUGCUGUUGGACUCACCUGCUCAGAGCCUAAUGAUGUGAGGCUGGUGGGAGGAGGCAGUCGCUGUGCUGGUGGAGUGGAGCGGUACGACCAGGGAGAGUGGAGGACUGUGGGAGCUGGCUGGAACCAGAGGGAUGUAGCUGCAGUAGUGUGUAGACAGCUGGGUUGUGGCUCCAAUGUUUCAGAACUACCUGGAAACACCACUAGAGGGAUUAGAGUUUACUGUCCUGAGUCUGAGUCUUCACUGAGGGAGUGUAGAAGAAUGUAUGAUCUCCGUCCUGGACUCACAGUGAUCUGCUCAGAUCUCCUGGUCCAGCCUGAUAUCUUCCUGACUGACCCAAUGGGAGGGGUCUCCAGGGGCCACCAGGGGCCCGAGAUGUUCAGGGGCUACAACUUCACCAUCACCUGCUCCACUCAGCCACAGUACCCAGGAGGCUCCUUCCUCCUCACGUUCACCGGCUCCAACAGAACCCAGACCCAGCCAGCUGUCAAUCACUCUGCUGCCUUCCUCUUCCCUGCUGCAGAUGACUCCCACCAAGGGAACUACAGCUGUGUUUAUGACAAUUAUGUUUUCUCUCAUAACUUCUCCUCUGAGAGUGAGCUCCUCUCC